GACAAGCAGCUUUUGUUUCUUUACUUCAACAUAAAACUCGUGAGGACCAUCAUCAUGACUGCAGCUUUUAUUUUCUUCUUCUUCCUCUCAGUGACGGAUGUCUGUCUGAGUGCUCCAGCUGAAAUGAAAAAUCAAACUGAUGAUUUCACAGACGACGACUCAAGGCCCAAAGUUGACUUAGAAAACCUGGUUCUCCACGGAGACGUUGCCGUGACAAACAGCGCUUUCAAGAACGCCGACCCGUGUACGGCCAGAGGCUGCAUGUGGCCCAAGUCUGGCCGUUACGUCUACGUGCCUUACCAGAUCGGCCCUGAGUUCUCCCAGAAUGAGAAGAACAUCAUCAUCAGAGGCAUGCAGAGCUUCACCCAGACCACAUGCGUUCGAUUUGUCCCAAAACGUUCUGCUGAUCGAGAUUACAUCCGAUUCUUUUCUAACGGAGGGUGUUGGUCCAACAUCGGGCGUCAGCGCGGCGGACAGUACAUCUCUCUGAACAGAAGAGGAUGUGUGGAUCACGCCACAGUGCAGCACGAGAUUCUUCACGCUCUGGGUUUCCACCAUGAGCAGGUCCGCUCCGACAGAGACAACUACGUCCGGAUUCUCUUCAACAACAUUCAGCAAAGACAGAGGGGCAAUUUCAGAAAAGUUCAGACGAACAACUUAGUAACUCCCUACGACUUUACCUCGGUCAUGCAUUACGGCAAAUACGACUUCUCCAGUAACGGUCGGCCAACCAUCGAAGCAAAAUCAAAUCCUAACCAGAGGUUUGGAAACGCCCGUCAAAUGAGCGCCAAUGACAUCCGUCGAGUCAACAGGCUUUACAAAUGCGAUACUUCUCGCUACUGAAACUCAGCGUCUCGAAGCACCAAAUAUGGAGCCACACUCCUGCCAAGUUUAAG